AUGCAGAGUAAUGUGGCAUCGAUCCGUUCUGAUGAAGAAGUCAACUUCGCUUUUUAUCGCUAUGACCCCAGCAUGGGCGGUGCCGUCCUUUUUGCGAUUCUUUUUAUGGGCACAACCUUCUACCACAUCUUCCAGAUGUUCAAAGUCAAGACUUGGUUUUUUAUUCCCUACGCAAUAGGUGGUCUUUUUGAGAUUGUUGGGUAUAUAGGGCGUGCCUUGUCUAGCAAACAAAGUCCGGAUUGGACGCUAGGUCCCUACAUAAUACAGACACUCUGUCUGCUUCUCGCCCCAGCUCUUUUAGCAGCCUCGAUCUACAUGUUGCUCGGCCGGAUUAUUCUUGUGCUGCAGGCAGAAUCACAUGCCAUUUUGAAAAAGAAGUGGCUUACCAAGAUUUUCGUGACCGGCGACGUGAUGUCGUUCCUUCUGCAAGGCGCCGGUGGCGGCAUUCAGAGUAGCGGGGGGCUCGACGGCAUGAAGACUGGCGAGCGCAUUAUCAUCGUCGGUCUUUUUGUCCAAAUAAUCUUCUUUGGCUUCUUCAUUAUUGUCGCUGGCCUAUUUGACUUGAAGCUGCGCAAAUACCCUAUCCCUCGCUGCUUCGAUCGGGAGAUCCCCUGGCGCAAACAUCUUAAUAUCCUCUAUGCUACCAGUUUUCUGAUCCUGGUGCGCUCGCUUUUUCGACUUGCGGAAUACAUCCAGGGCAAUAAUGGUUAUCUUUUGCGUCAUGAGAUGUACUUGUAUGUUUUUGACUCACUGCUUAUCUUCGUUGCAAUGGUUAUCUUCAAUAUUGCUCAUCCAUAUGAAAUUACUCGAUUUUUGGCCGUUGGCCCGGAUUACGAGUUGACUCGCACCCCGAAUGAGCAGACAGUGAAACCUGAUGGAGUCUAUCGUGGCGUGUGA